CACCCAGCAGGUCUGAUCACUGAAACUCAGCUCGCUUCAUGCUUCUAGAAGGAGAGCGGAUUAUGAACGCGUUUGGGCAGCAGCCGACGAGCCAGCAGACCCUCCAGCACCAUAACGCACAGGACAUCCUGGACAUGACCGUGUACUGCGACACCAACUUCAGCAUGUACCAACAGAAUCUUCACCAUCACCACGCGCAAAGGCCACCAACGCACCCUUCCGGCUAUGGACUUGGCGAGUACGCGUCACCUGGCACCAACCCUUACCUGUGGAUGAACGGCCCGGGUAUUACCUCGUCUCCGUAUCUGUCGGGCGCAAAUGGAGGGUACAUUCAGUCAGGAUUUGGAUCGAACCAGAGGCAGUUUCUUCCUCCUCCCACGGGAUUUGGAAGUGCGGAUCUCGGGUGGCUCUCCAUUUCAAGUCAGCAAGAACUUUUUAAGAUGGUUAGGCCGCCUUAUUCCUACUCAGCGCUCAUUGCCAUGGCUAUCCAGAACGCGCAGGAUAAGAAACUGACGCUCAGUCAGAUUUAUCAGUAUGUGGCUGAUAAUUUUCCAUUUUACAAGAAAAGUAAAGCUGGCUGGCAAAACUCCAUCAGGCACAAUUUGUCAUUGAACGAUUGCUUCAAGAAAGUGGCGAGGGACGAGGACGACCCUGGUAAAGGAAAUUACUGGACUCUGGAUCCCAACUGCGAAAAAAUGUUCGACAAUGGAAACUUCAGAAGGAAGAGAAAGAGAAGAUCAGAUGGAAACAGCGGAAGCGCCGGUGUCGUUUCAGUGAAAUCCGAAGACGCGCUCAAAUUGGCAGAUACCGCAAGUCUGAUGAGCGCGUCCCCGGCGAGUCUGCAAAACUCUCCAACUUCAAGCGAACCCAAAUCCUCUCCCUCACCGUCCGCAGAGCACAGUCCCUGCUUUAACAACUUUAUUGGUAACAUGAAUUCAAUAAUGGCAGGAACGGGGAAUGGGAUCAGAAGCAGAGACGUCAGCUCUGGACAUUUAGGGGAUUUUACGCAUGGCAUGUCUGGAAAUGAGGUGGCCCCUCCAUCAGAACAUAGUCAUCUCAACACCAACAGACUCAACUACUACACCGCAUCCCAUAAUAACAGCGGCUUGAUCAACUCACUCUCCAACCAUUUCAGUGUUAACAAUCUCAUAUACAACCGCGAUGGAACAGAGGUGUAG